AUGUUUUCGCCGCGAUUGCUUGCGGUCUGCGCUGUUUUAGCGACUGCCGUCGCUGUGCCGGUCACUGACGGACCAGUCCGGCCUAUUACGACAAUUACCGAAGAAGAUUUCGAGAACCCAUGGCUCGGUUUCCCUAUGUUCGGUAACCUGUUCGCUCCCCUAUGGAAAUUGUUCCCGACGUUCGCUGACAUUGGACCCAGAAUCAUCGCUGAUGACGACAAAUUCCAAGUUAUUGUAAAUGUUAAGGACUACAAGAGAGAUGACCUGAAGGUUAAGGUCAAGGGUGACUUCAUCUUCAUCCAGGGUUCACAUGAGGCCAAGCAGGACGACCGUGAUGUAUUCGCCAGCCAGUUCUUCCACACAUACACGCUACCAGCCAACUCUUCGAGUACUGAUGUCACCGCUGAGCUAACAAGUGACGGCAACCUGAUCGUCACUGCUCCAGUCACCGGAGCCAUCGACAGAGCAAAGGACGUCGAUAGGGAAGUGCCCAUUGUGGAAACUGGAAAGCCAUACAUAGAAGACAAAGUAGAGAAGACGACUCCUCAGCCUGCGGCUACUGUCACUGAUGAUGACGAGAGGAAAGAACCAACGACUCCCGCUGAAAAAGAAGAUGUGACCGAAAAAGAUAACGUUAUUCCUCACGGAAACGAGAUUCCGCUUUAA